CCUAACUGGAAAGAUUUCAGCAACUGUGAAACAGCGUUGGGCUACAUGUUCUGUGCUAACUGGAAUCACUCCAAAGUAGUGGGUUAAAAAAGGGGAACAAGAGUCAACAGUCUAUGUUUCACCCUCUUUAGGAUUCCUCCUCUACCCGGACACACCUGCUAAGAUGGAGACCACAUCACGUGAGGCUUUCUGCUUCAGGCCCAUCCCAGACCAAGAUCCAGGCAAAGGAAGAGGAAACAGACGCGAGGACAGAGAAGUGAGAGGGAAUGAGCAAGAAGGCAACCGUGAUCACACGUCAGCAGCAGCAAAAAACGAACAGGAAACAGCCCAGAUGCAGUCUCAGUAUCAGAAAGACUUCCCUCCCCCAUCCUCCUGCCACAGGAGGCGGACACCUGCUUUCCCGCAGCCUGACAACAUUGGCAUCAACCCUGCGUUCAGGAUCAACUUCAGCACGGUCCAAAGAGAGACUUACCCAGGCUGGCCCAUCGUGAAUGUCGGGUAUGGUGGAAGGCAAAGACCGGCUAAGCAUGACUUCUAAGCGGUAGUGGAAAUCAUCUUGCAUGUUUGCAUACAUGCAUAAUUAAUAUUAAAUGUCAAAGUCAUAUUUAACAAAUGCUUGCAAUUUGUCUUGUCCCAGCAUGUAUUCCCAAUA